AUGUUUGGAAAGACUGUGAAAUGGUUUAUGCUACUCCUCUGGGUCUUUGGAUGUCUUGCAUGGGUAAAUGUACCAAAGGCCAAGCAAGACAUUGUGAAGUUAGAUCAGCAUGCAACUGCCACCAUCUUUAUAGGAUAUAGUUUAGAAAGAAAAGGAUGGCUGUUCUACAGCCCAGAUUAUAGACCAAACAUAUUCUGGAGUAACUCAGCAAGGUUCUUAGAAUCAAAGCACUGGACAGACUGGACUGAGUGGCAACCAAUGAAUUACUCAGAAGAAACCCUGUUUCAUGAAAGCAAUCAAGAACCACUGGAUGACUACACAAACAUGGAUGCAGACCAAGAGGCUGAUGAUCAGACAAGUUACAAGGUUCAGGCAAAUAACAAUACAUUUGGACUAGUGGCAACAAGCACAAACAAAAGGAGGAUAAACCUUGAUCUGACUGUUCAGGAAGCAUUGGCCAGACUGGACAAAAGACUAUGGAAGGAAGUGAUGCAAAUGGAGUUAGACAGAUUAAAAGCAAUGGAUACAUGGGUGGUCACAGAUCUCCCAGCAGGUGUAAACACCAUUGAUACCAAAUGGGUCCUCAAGGUCAAGACCAAUGCAAACCUAGUGCCAAUGAAGUUCAAAGCUAGACUGAUGGUGUGA